ACAGAAGAAAAAAAAAAAAAACUAGAGAAAGAAAAUGCUGGGUUGAAAUAUUUGAGAGGAGGAGAAGGUGAGGUGUAAGACUUUUUGUCCUUACAAGCAUCACAUCACCCACUCUUUCUACCUAUAAAUCUUUGGUCGUCUUUCUUCAAAUUUCCCAAACAAUCUCAGACAGGUAGCCUUCGAAAGAUUGGUUCUUGCUCAAGAAAUUACGAGAGAAAGCAUAGAAGAGAGAGAGAGAGAGAGAGAGAGAGAUGGGUAGGGCUCCUUGUUGUGAUAAAGCUAAUGUUAAAAAAGGACCAUGGUCACCUGAAGAGGAUGCUAAGCUCAAGGCCUAUAUUGAAGAGUACGGUACUGGAGGCAACUGGAUUGCACUUCCUCAGAAAAUUGGGCUUAAGAGAUGUGGAAAAAGUUGCAGACUUAGAUGGUUGAAUUACUUAAGGCCUAACAUCAAACAUGGUGGAUUCUCUGAAGAAGAAGACAACAUCAUCUGCAGCCUCUAUAUUAGUAUUGGAAGCAGGUGGUCCAUAAUUGCAGCUCAAUUACCUGGAAGAACAGAUAAUGAUAUUAAGAACUACUGGAACACAAGGUUGAAGAAGAAACUACUUGGAAGGCGCAAACAAUCUAACAUCAAUCGUUUAUCAUCUGAAACUUCAGACUCUAAUAGGGUUGAAGAGAGUUCAUCUUCAAUGGCCUUAAGCCAAUCUGCACUUGAAAGGCUGCAGCUUCACAUACAACUUCAAAGCCUUCAGAACCCUUUCUCUUUCUACAACAAUCCUGCACUGUGGCCCAAGUUGCAUCCUUUCCAGGAAAAGAUGCUCCUCCAAUCUAUGAAUGAAAGCUCCAAUACUCUUAUGCAGCAAUUCCUGAAUAGUCCUCAUGGGAAUGGGCAAAAGCUUGACAUCUAUGAACAACUCUGUGGUUCUGAUACUCUUGAUCAGGAUUAUCUGAAAUUUGACAACCCUAAGGUGGAUUGUUUGGAGAACUCUUUGAAAGGUUUGGCAUCCACAGACAGCUCAAUACCUUUCGUCAAUGGUAAUAAUGUGGCAGACUCAAGCAUGGGUGUGAGAGUGGAUGCAGUGGAACAAUCUGAUGCAGCAAACCAGCCUGUUUCGACCUUCCAACCUGAGCUUGAAAACUUUAUCAGUAAUAAAACAUCUGGGUUUGUCUCACAGCAAGAUCAGUUUGCUGAAUUUGAUUGCUUCAAAGAAAUGAAUGCUUCCAAGGACAGUUUGAUAUGGUGGUCUAAUGAAUUUGAGACAAAAUCAGCAUCCUCGACUUCAUGGGAAUCUACUUCUGCUCUUCAAACUGAAGGGAUGUUUCAAGAUUAUGAAUUGAGUUACAAUAUGUAAAAAAAAAAAUGGAGAAAAAAUAAAGAAAAGAAAGUAAGUAGAGAGUUGUUUUAAGUGUAUUGUGAUGGUCAUAAGAUGAAGAUGGUGAUGAGGAAGAGAUCAAAGGUGGACAAUCUCUAAUAUUAGGUUACUGUAAAUUGUGUGAAUAAUGAUGUUGAUGUCCUUCUCAGUGUCUUUCCAAAUCUAUGAUCUGCCAAACUCCAUACUUAAUUGUAUUUAUUAAAUGCUCACCUGGGCUUAAUGAUGAUCAUAGUCUCUUAAUUUCUUA